AUGACAGAUCAAGAUAUCAAGACAGAAGCCUGGGUGGCUCGAGCAGACAACAAGCUUAACCUCGAAACAGUCACAUACCUCCCACCCGGACCCAAAGAAGUUCUCGUCUCUAUCAUCGCCGCCUCAGUAUGCCACUCAGACGUCCGCGCCGCACAAGGUACCUUCCACCUCAAACCUCCUUUAAUCCUUGGCCAUGAAGGCUCCGGCUAUGUACAAGCUGUCGGCAGCGAAGUCACUUACGUCAAGCCCGGCAAUGCGGUUGUCCUAGCCUAUUCUUCUUGCGGCGAGUGCAGAAGAUGUCAAGCUGGCAAGGCGGCGUACUGCCUGGACUUGUUCGGGCUCAACUUUUCUGGCCGGAGAGAAGACGGUGUCAACCCUGUCAAAGAUGCCAUGGGUGAGGGGGUCAAUGGUCUCUUCUUCGGACAGAGUUCGAUGGCGAGGGUGGCAUUGGUGAGGGAGAGGAGUUGUGUCAAGAUAUCGACUCUGUGCUCGAAAGACGAGUUGAGAAUGUUCGCUGCCCUAGGCUGUGGCGUACAGACUGGAGCGGGAGCUAUGAUGAAUGUUGCCAAACCUACCGAAGGCUCACGCAUAGUGGUAUUCGGUGGAGGGGCGGUGGGACUCUCUGCGAUCGCCGCCGCAAGACCGACGAAACCCGAAUGCUUGGUCCUGGUUGACAAUUCGUCUGUAAAGUUGAACAUGAUACCCAAGGAGCUUCUAGAAGGGGUGACAGUCCUCGACUCCUCCACCCUUCCACACGAGGAUCUGGUCUCGAAGCUGAAAUCCUUGACUUUAGACGGUAACGAGGCCGUCGCUACUGCCGCGUACGAGUGCCUCGAUAAGAUGGGUAUGGUCAUGAAUAUAGGUGGCAGCGCCACGGCACAACCCAAGUAUGCAGUGGAACGCAAUCUUGUCAACGGCUUGACCAUACGAGGAACACAUCAAGGCGACUCGGUGCCCCGGGAUAUGAUACCCAAGCUGAUUGAGAUGUGGCGGGAGGGCAAGUUUCCAUUCGACAAGCUGUUGACGCCCUUCAGGUUCGAGGGAUUGAAGCAUGCUAUGGCCGAGAUGCAUGCUGGACGGGCGAUCAAGGCCAUACUGUACACUUGA